UCCACCUCCUCCUGCUUCUACCCCCCUCUCCCUCUCAAAUUUGCCCCCCUCUUCCGUUGCUCUCGGUUUCCUUUCAUGGCAUCCAAAGGAGAUGAUUCUGAGCCUCUACAGUGCAAGACAUGGGUGUUGAAGGUUUCCAUACACUGCGAAGGAUGCAAGAAGAAAGUGAGGAGAAUCCUUCAGAACAUUCAUGGUGUUUACAAGACUGAAAUCGAUUCACAGCAGAACAAGGUAACGGUUACCGGAAACGUGGAAGCUGAAACCCUAAUAAGGAAACUGCUGAAAUCAAAUAAGCACGCGGAGCUUUGGCCAAUUGAGAAGAAAACCAACCAUCAAAGCCCUAACCCUAAUCUUAACAGCAUCAGCGGCCAAGAUAACAACAAAGAGAAGGAGAAAGAUACAAAGAAAGAGAAAGUUGCUUCAAAAUCCGAUGAACCCAGUGAAAACCCGGAGAAAAAACCCGAAACAUCAGCGGCCGUUACGAACCCCGAAACCGAUACGAAAUCGUCACAGAAAACCUCCUCAGACAAAGCAGCAGCAAAGCCGGCGGAAACGGACACAAAAUCGGGCGCAGAAGCAUCCGAAACCAGCAACAAAGAGACCCCAAAACCCGACCAGAAGCCCGAAAAGACUGCUACAAGCUCCGAACCCGAUAGGAAAGCUUCGGCCGAAACCGCUACCAAAAGCAGUAACAGCAGCAAACAGAAAGGAAAGAAGGGAGCGGAAUCUUCAACCAACAAUGACUUCAUUAUGAACGCCGGCGGUGCUCAACCGCCGCCAAUGCACGAGCACCCAUCGUACCCUCCGCCCGUGUACGCGGCUAGCUACAACAUGGCUCAGCCGACGGCUAGCUACUCGUAUUAUGCGUCGAUGCCUCCAAUGCCGCAGAGCUACAUGUACUCCGGCCAUCCACCGCCGGAUAGAUACAUGUACUCCGGCCAUCCACCACCACCGGAGUAUUAUCCACAACCUAACUACCAGGAUAAUUACUACUAUGGACCGGGGCCGGGAUCCUCGGCGGGUUCUCAUCCUCAGGGGAGCUACGACUACUUCAGUGAUGAGAAUGCUAAUUCCUGUAGUGUUAUGUGACAAUUGGGGUUUGGAUUGUAGAUCACUUUGUUAGGGAUUAUACACUUCUUGUGUACUAGUGAAGAUGGCAAUGGAACUUGCUUAAUUUUGUAGUGGUUAAGUUUAACUAUGUGUAUAAUUAGAGAGAUAUAUGGUAGUUGAAGUUCUUGCUUGGUUCAA